AUGGUGUGCGACGCCGUCAAAGGCGUUUGGAAGGGCUUGGUGCCACACCGUAUUGAGGUAUUUGUAUGGCUGGCUAUUUUAGGCAAAAUAAAUACGAGGCACAAGUUAGCAUCCAUUGGGAUUUUACCUAUUGACCAAGAUGUAUGCCCACUGUGCAGUUCAUGCCCGGAAUCAAGUGACCACCUGCUUCUCCACUGUGAGGUAUCAAGGCAACUAUGGGGGUGGUGGCUUAAUUUAUGGGAUCUCAAAUGGGUAUUUCCUAAAUCCCUGAGUGAAGCAUUCGCGCAAUGGAAAUUGAUAAAAAAAGGGAAAAAGUUUUUUGUUAAAGUGUGGGCAGCAUCUUUCUUUAUCAUUGUAUGGACGGUAUGGAAAGAACGGAACAUCAGAAUUUUUCAAGCCUCAUCUUCCACUGUAAAGGACCUUCGGGACUUGGUGCUUCUCAGAAUGGGAUGGUGGAUUAGUGGAUGGGAGGAGGGUUUUCCAUACUCCCCAUCGGAUAUCCAAAGAAAUCCAUGGUGCUUGGAGUGGGAGGGUGUAUCUAGAGCUGCAGAUCCCGCUAUCAUCAAGCCAUCAUACAUCCCAUGGUCUCCUCCAAUCAAAAAUGUUCUAAAAUGGAAUGUGGAUGCAUCCGUGGUCAUAUCCAACACAUGUGCAGCUAUCGGUGGAGUUUUGAGAAAUCAUGAAGGGAAGUUUGUGUGCCUCUUCUCUACUCCCAUUCCAUAUAUGGAGAUAAAUUGCGCGGAGAUCCUUGCCAUACAUAGAGCUAUAUCCAUCUCCUCUUAUAGCAGCUUAACAAAAUCAGCGAGCCUUCUCCUAGAAUCGGAUUCCUCUAACGCAGUAAUGUGGUGUAACAAUGACAAUGGUGGUCCUUGGAAUAUGAUGUACUAUCUAAAUUUCAUUAGAAGCUGCCGGAAGGAAAUGAUAAGCAUUGAGAUAACCCACAAAGGUCGAAGCUCCAAUUUUGUUGCAGAUUCUCUUGCCAAGCAAGGGCUUAGGCGUCAAGAUGAAUUCAUUGCGUGGCUAUAA